UAUUAUUAUUAUUAUUAUUAUUAAUAGUAUGCUCUCAGUUAACAGGCACCUAUGGGGGAGUUGGUCGAUGCCAUACCUUUAAUGUUGUUUCUAGUUGCUUGGGAGUUACUCCUGGUAUUAAAAAAGGUCUAACUAAUACUAUACCCCAUGCUAUAAAUAUCAUGUAUUGACACUUUAUAUUCAUGGUUACUAAAAGUAAUUUGAAACAGAAACAAACAUACAGUAUAAUAUAGUUUCUGGUUGCUUGAGAGUUGCCGUUAAAAUGGUGCCUAACUAAUAGUAUAUCCCAUACUAUUACUAUACCAUAAACUCUGUUGAAUGGUUACUAAAAGCAAUUUGAAACAAAAACGAACACACAGUAUAAUAUAGUUUCUGAUUGUUUGAGAGUUGCCAUUAAAAUGGGGCCUAACUAAUAGUGUACACCAUACUAUUACUAUACCAUAAACUUUGCUCAUUUGUUAUUAGUAUUGAAGUAUAGUGAUUACAAUUAAGUUAAGACAAACCUAAAUAUAGUGUAAGACAGUUUCACUACACAAUAUGUAGGUACUUGCCCCUGCUGUAAGCCACCUUGAAUCCCCUUCGGGUUCGAGAAGAGCGGGAUAUAAAUAUAGUAAAUAAAUAAUAAUAAAUACUUUACAUGAUUUUGUAUUAUUGUUUAAUUGAAGUAUGUCAACUAUUAGUUAUUUUAUAUUUUUGACAGUUACUUGAGAGUUCCAGUUGCUUGAGUUCCAAUUAACUGAGAAUCGACUAUAUUUAAAAGUAUUAUUUCUUUGAAAACCUUUCCCUCUGGUUGCUUGAGAGUUCUGGUGCUUGAGUUCCUCUUAACUGAGAGUCUACUGUAUAUAAAGUAUUAUUACUUUAGUUUUCUUUCUUGGCCUGUUGCUCUCAGUCACGUGAGUUCUGGUUCAGUCCAUUCAAUGGAGUUGCCCACCCUACUGAGCAAUGCAUCUGGGAAUGGCAAUGGGAGCAUGGACACUGGAGGGGCAAGUUGGGCACCAGACCCCAAGCGAUGGAGCUCAUCCGGGGCGGCGUUGGCCUCCCAAGCAUUGCUCCUCCUCCUGAUCUUCGCCCUCUCCGCCCUGGGCAACGGCGCCGUGGUGGGGGUCAUCCUGCGGCACCGGCAAUUGCGGACAGUCACCAAUGCUUUCGUCCUCUCCUUGGCCUUGGCCGAACUGCUGGCCGCUGUGCUGUGCCUUCCACCAGCCUUCUUCAGCCUCCUCAGCGGCCCCUGGCUCUUCGGCCCACGCCUUUGCCUUGCCAGCGCCACUGUCCACGUAGGGCUUGGUGUCGCUGCCACGCUCACCAUGGCCCUGCUCGCCUUUGACCGCUAUUGUGCCAUCGUCCGGCAGCCGCGCCACAAGAUGAGCCGCCGCCGUGCCGCCCAGCUCUUAGCUGCCGUUUGGUUGACCUCCUUGGGGUUCUCCAGCCCUUGGUACCUACUAGCCCAAGACGAGGAAGAGGAGGAAGAACAGGUAGCCGUGCCUGAUAAUGUGGCAUCUACCGCAACUGACCACUGCCUCUAUGUCUUACCGUGGGGCUCUUCUCGGUUGGGAGCCUCCUACGGAGCCACCCUGAUUAUCAUUUUCUACCUGUUGCCUUUCUCCAUCAUGUGUUUCUGCCACUACCACAUCUGCCGAGCUGUCCGGUUGUCGGAGAGCCGGGUGCGGCCCCUCACCACUUACGGGCACCUCUUGCGCUUCUAUGGUGAGAUGCGGACAGCCACUACUGUCCUCAUCAUGAUCGUCUCCAUCAUCUGCUGCUGGGGGCCCUACUGCCUCCUGGGGUUGGCCGCCGCCGUCGGGCGUCUCUCCUUCUCACCCACUUUGGACGCAGCGGCCAGCUGGAUGGCUUGGGCCAACGGGGCUGUCAACCCCCUCAUUUAUGCUGCGCGCAACCCCAAUAUCUCGCUGCUCCUGGGCCGCAGCCGCGAAGGGGGCUACCGGACUCGGAACAACAACGUGGCGGCCUUCUUCGCAGCAACCAAGAGUCGACGCUUGGAUGCCAAGGGCCGGGCCGAGUGCUAUGCCAGCCAUAGUGGGGUCACUGCCGGGAGCACCCUGACCUCCUCCAGCCCGGCCAGCGGAAAUGAGAUGGCCAUGUGGGCCUGUAAAAACCCCGCUGUCCUCUUCUGCCGCGAUGGGAGGCCUGGCGCGUCUUCUGGAUGCCCACAGCCCAAAUUGGCUACUUGUGAUACAAGCCUUUGAAACAAAACAAUGCCAUGGGAGGCAACAAGGUAGCCAGUCACUGCUGGUGUAACAGUGCCAAGAUCAUCCUAUUCAGGUGGGGUGAAAAAUUAUCCAAAAACCUUGUCUCCCAGAGGAAGAAAGAAGAUCUUACAGAGAAUAUCACACCAUGCUGUUAAAGCACUGCUAUUCCAUUCCGUGGU